GGCCGGGAAAUGCAGCGGCGGAGCAGCAGGUGGUGCUGCCGCUCAGCCGCAGGAGCGAGCGCGGGGGUCCGCAGCCGCCAUUAGACAAUAGGAGGAGCGGCGGCGGCAGCAGCAGCAGCAGCCGAGGAAAGGCGAAGCGAGGCGGGCGAGGCCCCGGGAGGGGAAACUGCGCCGCUUGCCCUUCGCGUCCUUCCGGCCUUGGGCGACCAGCCCCGCUCGGGCCCGCAGCUCAGGCGCCUCCCCGCUUCCCAGAGCGAGAGCGAGAGAGGGGGGGCUCUGCGGGGGGGCUUCUUGCAACGGACCCCCCCCCACCCCCGGGGGAGCCAUCCCCGAUUGAGAGACCCACAAAGGCCGCCUCUCUCCUGCUGCAGAAGCCGCCGCCGCCGCCGCCUGGCGCUUCCUCGGCCGCCUUUGGCCGGUCGGCGGGGGGUGGCGGCUUUGCAAGCGGCUGCAGGAGGAGGAGGAGCAGCAGCAGCAGCAGCCGCCGGCUGGCUGGCUGCCUCCGGCUCGGCUGCCUCUCCCCGAUUGGCAUGAUGUUUCCGCAAAGCCGGCACUCGGCCUCUUCUCAUCUGCCUCAGCAGUUGAAGUUCACAACUUCCGAUUCCUGCGACCGGAUUAAAGACGAGUUCCAGUUGCUGCAGGCACAGUAUCACAGCCUGAAGUUGGAAUGCGACAAGCUGGCCAGCGAAAAGUCGGAGAUGCAGCGCCAUUACGUGAUGUAUUACGAGAUGUCCUAUGGCCUCAACAUCGAAAUGCAUAAGCAGGCUGAAAUUGUCAAGCGGCUGAAUGGCAUUUGCGCCCAGGUUUUGCCAUAUCUGUCGCAAGAGCACCAACAGCAGGUCCUGGGAGCCAUUGAGCGUGCCAAACAAGUGACAGCCCCUGAACUGAAUUCCAUCAUCCGGCAGCAACUCCAAGCCCAUCAGCUCUCUCAGCUGCAGGCGCUGGCCUUGCCCCUCACCCCGCUCUCCGUGGGCCUGCAGGCCCCCUCCCUGCCCGCCGUGAGCGCCAGCACCGGCCUGCUUUCCCUCUCGGCGCUGGGCUCCCAGGCCCACCUCUGCAAGGAAGACAAGAACGGCCACGACGGAGACGCCCACCAAGAAGACGACGGGGAAAAAUCUGACUAGGUGGAGCUUGUCCGGUCGGGGGAGGGAGGGGGGGAGCAGUGGGCAGCGUGGGGCGAUCCUGGUGGCGGUGGUGGGAGGCAGAAGAUGACGCAUUUAAUCCAAUUCCGGGGCUGGCGGGCAAACCACGAUUCUUCGUGGAGGGGGCACACGAGGGGCGAGACAGAAUUGCAGCAAUAACAUUUUAGCCCCCCUCCUUUUCCUGCCCCGUCUCCAUUCCAGGCCCCAUAGCAGGCAGGAACGAUUCCCCGAGCAAUUUGGGGCCUUUUGCGUGCAUGUUGGGGGGUUCAGGUGGGGGAGGGGUUUGACCUUCCUCCCCCCUUUCUAUCUCCAGUCCUCCCUUUAAAUGAAUUCCAAAGGGUUAAGCCAGCAUCCGAAUAUCCACGAUGCGUUCUUAAACUGGGUUACUCCCUCCCCCACAUCCAUCCAUCCAUCCUUUCCCAGGCUUUUUUUGCAAGAAACUAACAAACCGGGUUAGUUAUCCAAGGGGAAGGAAGGAUGUGGGUUUGCCCAAUCCUAGAAAACCAGAGAUCCUGGGAAAAUCCCCCUCCCCCAAGAGAUCCCAGCUGGAAGGUUUUCAGCCAUAGGUGGGGAGGACCAGUCGCUGGCACCCUCCCAGCCUGUAUAUCUCAACCUCGGCCCCUUUAAAAUGGGUGGACUUCAACUCCCAGAAUCCCUCAGCCUCACUUUUACUAAAGCAUGACCUAGGUCAGGGAUCUGCAAACUUGGCUCUUUUAAGACUUGUGGACUUCAAGUCCCAGAGUUCCUCAGCCAGCAAAGCUGAGGAACUCUGGGAGUUGAAGUCCACAAGUCUUAAAAGAACCAAGCUGGCUGAGGAAUUCUGGGGGUUGAAGUCCACAAGUCUUAAAGUCGCCACAGUCGGAGACCCCUGAUUUACUUACCCCGUGUGGAUUACACACACACACCCCUUGCAAAAGAAAUCCUAGAUCCAGCAAACUCGCCCUUACUUGCAAGUCCUCAGCAGCUGCAAGUCCUCAGAGCCAGGAAGCUCAUUACAGCUGGUCCUCAACUUACAGCCGUUCAUUUAGUGAUCAUUCAAAGAGGCCGCGGCACUGAAAAACGUGACUUUUAACCACCAGCCCUUCCACUCAUACGGCCAUUGCAACCAUCCCUGGACGCUGUGACAACUGGCGCAUAUUUUUGAAGUUUGUAGCGUCCCCGGGAUCAUGUGAUUUCUCCCGCUCGCGACCUUCCCAGCUGGUUUCCAAGAAGCAAAGCCCAUAAGUAAAACUGGAUUCACUUAACAACCCCCACGGUGAUUUGCUUAACAACCACGGCAACCGGAUAUAAUAACAUUGGGUGUGACUCCCUUAAAGCACCGCCUUGCUUAGCUGUGGAAAUUCUCAGUUGUGGCUGUAAGUUGAGGAUGACCUGCGCUCAAAGCAAACGGGAUCAACCUCUUAAAAGACUCUCCCGCACUGCAGGGUUGUCUUGUUUGAUUUUGGGCGGUCACUUGAGCAGCUGGACCUGAAUGGAUAAUACGUCCCGCCGAUUUCCUUGAAAAGCAAGCCAGAUUGACUCCUGGGGCGGGGUGGGGGGGCUUGCAAGGGUUCUGGCUGGGGCCGACCCUGUCAGACUACCUCCGCAUUGGAUAAUUUGCAAACUGCCAGAUCCCACUGGACUCCACUUCGAUAUUUUUAAUUUGCUUUCCCCCCCCCCUCCUUGGAGGCACUUAGCUCACAUCUGCCGAUGGGGGCUCUCCCCUGCAGAACUCUCUUUGCUUUAAAUUUGAUCCAUAUCGCCACUGACCAACCCUCCCUCCCCAACAAUCGCAAGCAGUAUCUGGGCUUUGCGAAGCCCCUUCCCCACCCCAACCCCCUGCCCCGCUCGACUCCUCUCUCGCUGGCCCCUCCCUCUGCUCCCACCAGCACUGUUUUAGCUAAGCAAGCACCUUUGUCAUUAUGCAUGUCUCGUUUUUAAGGUAGCACAGAAGCAAAAAUUUUAUAUAUAUACAUAUAUAUAUAAAUAUAUAUAAAUAUAUAAAUAUAUUAGUUGGGUAAUCUCUGCCUCUGGGUGAACCUCUCAAUGGCGUGUUGUUUUUUAACCUGCCUUGCUGUUUCCUUUCCCUUUUUUAUUUUUUCUUUCGGUUAAAAGAAGUUGGAAUUUGGAAAUCUUAUCUUGAAAUGAUGGCUCAACUCCCUUUUCUCAGCCGGAUGGUUUGAAAUUCAGGGAGUUUGAGGGGUGGGUGGGUGGGAAAGGAUGUGAGGGGAAGGGGGGGCUCCUGGAUGCCCCUUCCCAUUUCUUAAAAACAUCCCAAGGAUCCUGCAGCUAUUCUAUCUUUCCGUAAUGCUAGUUCUCGACUUUUUUCUCUUCCUGCCCCCCUCCGAUUUCCCCCAAAUAAAUUUUACGACAAAGAGAAAUUUUUUUCGUGUUUGUAUAUAUUCCUUUAGAGACAGAGAAGAGAGAGAGAGAGAAAUCUUGUUGGCUCCGUGUGUUUUAUUAAUCACUUGACCCUAUAUUAAGAGGAACUGAGACAAAAAUUCUGUAUUGAAAAUGUAAUAGCUGUGCCUUUUCAAAUAAAAAAAUCAGAUUGUUGGUUAAA